AUGACUUCAGUCCCUUCCGAAGAUGCGAUUAGCGAAUUCGUCACCAUCACAAAUGCCACGAGAGAUCAGGCGAUCAGGCUACUGCAGGCACACAAUCUUGACGCGAACCGCGCCGCCAAUGCCUUCUACGAGAGCGUUUGUGGCUCCCAAGCUGAGGGCGAUUGGCCGGCGAGCUCGGAGCCACAGCCAGAAGAUUACGGAUAUCAAGCACAUAAUGUCCAAAAAUCGUUUGAAAUCGAACGCGGCGACACCAGCUAUACGGCCCCUCCGUCACGCCCUCCAUCACGAGUAGGUCGCGACCCGGUCUUUGAGAGAGCCAGGGCAGGUGAAGGUGACGGUGCAGCGCAUUACCCGGAAAAUACCCGAAAAAUGACUCUUGAGGAGCGUGAAGAACACGACGUGCAAAAGGCGGUCGCAGCCUCUCUAAAUCGCAAUUUUGAUCCCGCUGGUCAGGAAACUGGUGUUAUAAGCGUUAGGGGUACUCAUUUCGGCCCUGCCAACCGCGACCACUACGAUAGUACAUCGUGGGCCGUCACUCCGUAUGUAAAUCCCAAGUCUAAAAAAGAAUGCAUCAACCCAGAUCCGGAGGAGCGUAAAAGAGACAACGACCAGCCCCCUUUCCUUCGUCCUUUAAACCACGCCAAUUACCUGGCAGCAUGCAUUACCAUACUCCAUGCCAUUCCACUCUCGAGGGAAGCGUUUAUCUCAAGGGAUACACUUAUAUCAGAUUACGGCUAUCAUCCUCAAUGGUGGGAUGGGGCACGAAUAGAUCUCCCUGCAGAGGCGUCAUUGAUCGACCCUGAUAAACAAGAUGAGAGUCCUGACGAAUUAUUUCUGGAAAUGCAAAGAUUGAUGGCGUUCCUCGAUGGAACAGAUCGUGCUUUCGGAAGCGCAGAAGCAGUUGCGAGCAUCCUGUCGGUCCAACGGGAUGAUCGCCUCAGGUUCUUACCUGAGUUACUGGAAAGGUGGGAACAUGCGGCAUUUACUUUAGAGAGCAGAAGCAAUGUUUUUGAGUCAGUCCUUGUCAAAAAAGCUAGUUUUCCCAACUCACCACCCAUCCGGGUGCCAUUUGCUCUCGCAGACAUCACGUUCGAUCCUGACCAUGUUGAAACCCUAUACGAUGUGAUCGAUACAUCUCUCUGGCCCGAUACUCCAGAAUCCAGGUCUCAAGAGGCUUGGCUGGAAAAGAUCGCUCCUGUUUUCGUCAUGCGUCUAGCUGUUCAAGACGAACGGGAGAGACCCGUUGGAGUGAAAAUCCCUGCGACGUGGUAUCCGGAUCGGUAUAUGGAGUUAAAUAAAGAUUUCACUCGACAGCUGCGAACUCGUCGGCUGGAAGCUGAAAUCCAAUUGGAAAACAUAGAAACACUGAUUGAUACUUAUUCGACCGUUGACGCUCCACAUGGCCAGAAAAUAUCCUUCAAAACCCUUCUAGAAAAUGCAAUCACCGGCACCGAUGUGGCCCUAAAAGGUGCUUACUUGGAAACAUCUUCCGGAAACGACUACAUUUCCCACACGACGACUAUUACUCCAGAAGAAUGCGAAAAACUGGUGCGCGACCUAAAGAUUAUUGCAGAAAAAGUUGAUCGAAAGCUUGCAGCACUACAUGAGAAAAAGCAGCAUGUGAAGGAAAACCUGAAGCAAUUUUCUCGACACUUAACGUUCAAGGACGGAGACGGACCACCAUACUACAAAUAUACCUUGCGUGGUGUCUGCACUCAUGAGCAUGUCAUGUAUGUCUUGAAGAGAGUCCCUGGAGCGGAGGCUUUGAGAGACACAUUCCCAGAUAUGACGUUUGAGAGUGAAUGGCAGUGGUGGCGUAUCAGUUACUCCGUUGAUGAUGCAAAGGAAGCUAUCUCUAGGCGCAUGAGAGUGCCUGUUACCACUACGAGAAUAGAUGGAACUGAAUAUAUUCUGGAUCCCACUCAACCGAGGGUUCCAUUGCCCAACAAUACGGAGGUUACCGGCUAUACGAUAACGCCAGCUCGUGAAAUUGAAGUUCUUCGUGCUGCAAAGGAAGAGAAUUCUUCUGUUCUUCUUGUUUACGCCAGCGACGACGCAGUACAUUUUAAAGGGUCUGGACUUCCUGAACCCUUGCAGUCUUUCCUGAACGCUGAUAAUGAGAGCUUCGAGAGUGAAAUUCUUCAAUUGAAAAAGAGACUGGAGGGGAUAGAGGAUGAAGACGAGGAAGGUGAGGAAGAAGACGCAGAAGAGGAAUUCAUCGAGGAUAUCGCACAAGAAAACAGCUUAAACAGCCCCAAACCAGACCACUCUCGCGAGACCCAACUUGAAUUACGCUCCAAUGAGGACAUUGCAUUGACAGAUCCGGAAGAAGUGGUGGAAUCUCUGUCCAACCGCCUUCGUCCGGCUAAUACUCGGAAGGCCUCCAUCCCGGCGAUGGUCAACGAGGAACCUCGUGUGGUCACAGAGAAGGAUGCAGAGAGAGCGAGUUCUGAUCCUGGACACGGUGUUCCUCCUGCAGCAUGAGUAUGUUUAUGA